AAUGUUUGACGGCGUCGAGAUAGAUGAUUCGCUUAAAGAAGUUGAAUUUAAAGCUUUUGUGACUUCUGAUCCGCUGAAAAAAUACACUGUUAACAACUCGGUUCGUUUAACAAGGGUUCAGGAAGAAUUAAUUUUGGAAACCUUGAAACAACCGUCCAAAAAUAUGCUCGGAUGUCCCGAAGAGCUACAGCUCCUUGCCAAUUUGUGUACAGCUAUACAAGCUAAGAAGACUCUGGAUAUUGGUGUUUUUACUGGUUAUUCUGCUCUAACUAUUGCCUCGGCACUUCCGGAAGAUGGAAAAGUAAUUGCCUUAGAUGUUUCAGAGGAAUAUACUAAAAUAGGUCGACGCUUUUGGAAAGCUGCAGGCGUUGACCACAAGAUAGAUUUACGUCUAGCGCCAGCGUUAGAGACUUUAGAGAAAUUGAUAGAAAAUGGAGGACGUGAAACAUUUGACUUUGCUUUUAUCGAUGCUGAUAAGCUCAAUUAUCUAAACUACUACAACUUAUGUUUGCAACUGGUCAGACAGAAUGGCGUUAUUGCAAUUGACAAUACACUUUGGAACGGAAUGGUCAUAAAAGCCGAAAAUGGAGAAAUAAACGAAGAUAGUCAAACGGAGACAGAAAGAUUAUGCUAUUUUAUGAAUAAUUUUAACAAAUUUCUAAAAUCUGAUAACCGUAUAAACAUUUCUCUCUUGAACAUUGGAGAUGGUACAACACUUUGUUUUAAAAAGUGA